UGAAAACUCUGGUUUCAACUCUGCGGAUUUUACAAACCCCUUUUGCGUCAUUUGGUUUUUGCCCCAGGCUGCGGGGUUGCAGAGGUGAGAAAGACCACAUAGACCGGGAUCUCACGGUUUAUGGAAAGUGCAGCUGGAGCGUGCGGAGAGGGUUCACACUGCGAGCUUAAAGAUGCUGAACGACACUCAGAUAAAAGACGGGCUGCGGACCGACGCGAGCUCUCUGGACGCCCUGAUCGGCGGUGACUCUCCCCAGCAGGCAGUGUGUGAGGGCUGCGCGCGGACCAUCUCAGACCGCUUCUUGAUGCGGGUCAACAACGCGUCCUGGCACGAGGAGUGUCUGCAGUGCGCCGCGUGCCAGCGGCCGCUCACCGCCACCUGCUACUUCAGAAACACAAAGGUCUACUGCAAGGCGGACUACCAGCAGUUGUUUGCCACCAAGUGCAGCGGCUGUCUGGAGAAGAUAGUACCCACAGAGUUUGUAAUGCGAGCACUGGAAAGUAUUUACCACCUCAGCUGCUUCUGCUGCUGUGUCUGUGAGCGCCAGCUGUGCAAAGGAGACAAGUUUGUUCUAAAAGAAGGUCAGCUGCUGUGCAAGAGUGACUAUGACAGGGAGAGGGUCCUUCUCAGCACAGUCAGUCCAGACAACUCAGACUCAGGUAAGAGCGAGGAUGAGGAUCUGGAUGUGAAGACAGAGAAGUGCCGUGCAGCAGGGAAAGGCAGUGAUGACUGCAAAGACCCUCGCCGUCCCAAACGGCCACGCACCAUCCUCACCACUCAGCAGAGGAGAGCCUUCAAGGCGUCCUUCGAGGUCUCCUCCAAACCCUGCAGAAAGGUGAGAGAGACCCUGGCUGCAGAGACAGGACUCAGUGUACGUGUGGUCCAGGUCUGGUUCCAGAACCAGAGAGCAAAGAUGAAGAAGUUAGCCCGCAGACAACAGCAACAGCAGGAGCAACACAACAGCCAAAGGCUAGGCCAAGAUGUAAUAUCAGGUUGUAUGGAGGGCCUGCUCAGCUCGUACUCAGGGCCGCUACCUCCAAACCAGCAGCAGCCGGUGUCCAUAGAGCACAACUGCUGCAACACUGACCCAUUCCAGCAUGGCCUCACCCCACCACAGAUGCCUGGUGACUACAUGAACCCCUACGGUACUGACUCCAUCUUCUAUGACAUUGACAGUGACACCUCUCUGACAAGUCUAAAUGACUGCUUCAUGGCCACUCCAGAUGUAGGCUCCUUGCAAGUUCAUGUGGGGAACCCCAUUGACCGCCUGUACUCAAUGCAGAGCUCCUACUUUGCCUCCUGAGACCCUGCCAUCAUUGUUGGUAUUACCCCACCCACCAGACCACCUCCCAGGCCAUAAACAGUGAGCAUACAAACAGGAUAGAAUCCACCAAAUAUACCUGACUGACCUCCAGCAGCCAAAGGAAAGGUUAAACUUCACAUGCCUCCACAUGCCCCCCGCUAUCACAGUACAUUUGACUUUUCAUCUGGGUUCAUUUGUAGCUGUCAGUAUUUGUACAGAUAUCACAAUGGUAGUGUUUAUUAUUGCUAUGAAAAGUUGGACUGAAGUUCGAAGUCAGAGAUUUGAAAAUGUAGUCCACAUCAGUGUCACAGAAACAUUAGUCAACAUGUGGCUUAGUAUGUAACUUAGUUUAAUAGUUUUUAAUAGGUAUUAAUAAGGCUAUGUUAUUUUUAAUGGGACAAUAAGCAAAUAUAGUUUAGUAGAGCCAACUACCAAUCUUUUCUGGUUAAUGCCAACUAAAUGAUAACUGUUGCUGAAUGUAUAUAAUGUAUAUGUAAAAACUGUUCUUCAGAACCAAUCCAGUUUUGCAUGUUAGGAUGGACCGCAAUUUAUUUAUUUAUUACCAACAUGCUGGUAUACAAUAAAUCAAAAAUUUAUAUUUAAAAAAGACAAUAUGAUCCCAUUGUAAAGUUAAAAAACAAUAAUUAAUUAUUGUAUUCUGCUAUUUAUCAUAGUAUUUGUGUUGUUGAGUUUGUAAAUUAUCAUCGUUCAUCGCUAUUUAUUUUUUUCCAGUGA